AUGAUACCAAUGUUCCUUUCCUUGUUGGCUACGAUAUUUUUUGCUCUUAGUGUACGAGUAUGCUUGAAUUUAUUCAAUGAGAGUUGUUUCUUAUUGUAUAAUUCACCAUCGCUUACCACUGCAGUGAUUUUCGCCGGUCUUUCCUUUUGCGUUUUGUUGAUGGAACUCAUACUAUCACUUCGUAUGAAUGAACCAAAAAUGGUGGAUGGUGGUACUCAAACUUCAAAUUUGGAUUAUGAUACAACUUCAUCAGCAGUAAUUGUAAAUCCACAAUUCAAGCAAGCAUUCAUUGCUCGUCGCCCUCCGGUGCAAACGAAUUUAUGA